CCCAUAUUAGGUUUUGUUGUUUAUCAAUAAAAAUAAUGAACUGAAAACUCAAUUUUCUUGAGUUACGAGUAUUCAAAAUCAUACUUUUAUCAACAUAAAGUAUUCCUGAAUAUUUAAACACAUGAUUUUAAUAGUAUGGUCGUAGGUCCACGAAGACGAAACACUCAAAAAAGAAGAAAAAAAUAAACUAAUUUUCAAUGUCAUUCAAUGUCAAGUGUCAAAAUGACAAACCUAUAUAAAUACAAAAUAAAUAAUUUAGAAAUAUUAAUAUUAUAAAUAAUAAAACAAAUCAUGGCAGCAGUUUUGAAAAAACGGGCCUUGGCCGAAUAUAGCCAAACUAUUCAAGAAUCACCAUCAGUAGUCCCUCUGAAAAAACUUCGUCUUGUGAAGAAACCAAUAUCCACAACUAGCAAAAACUGUUUAAAUUUACUCAACGUCUUAGAAGACUGUAAAACGAGCAGUGAAGUACUAAAACUACUUCUUCAAAUAUCCGAAACUGAUUUAGAUGGUAGCGAUGCAGCAGAGGCCGUAAAAAAACUGGGCGAACAUUUCAAAACAGAGAAAGAAUCAUCAGUACGAGUGAAAAUAUUAUCUUUGUUAUAUGAAAUAGGGAUCGAACACAACGCCGAAAUCGUACCCAUCAUAGAUGAGACUAUAUCCUUAUUGAAAAAUGAUAGUUCGCAUAAAGUUAUUGCCCAAGGUAUGAGUACUAUCUUGAAACUAGGAAAGCUGAUUACAGAUACAGCUACGGCUUUUCACGUGAAGCUUGUAGAAGUUGCUAAAUUGUAUCUUAAGGACACCAGCCAUUCUGUUAAGUGCAAAUGUUUAGAAAUAAUUGGGGUACAUUCUCCUCUUACAUCAGAUGAAAAUACAGAGAAGUUAGUUCACUUGAUCAGUUCAUACUUUAAUCAUGAUGAUGCAAGAGUUAGGUGUCAAGCAUUUUCAACUAUUGUAGCUUUAUAUGAAAGGAAUUUUAAAAUUAAUCCCAACAUAUACAUAAAUGUUUGUGAAGGAUUAAAAGAUGAUUAUGAAAUAGUAAGACAUAUUGUUCUCAAACUGAUUGGGUAUUUUGGAAAUGUAUAUCCAGAAAAUGAAAUCUUAGUACCAGAUAGCAACCAUGAAAUCAGACUUAUUGAUGAUGCAUUUGGAAAAAUUUGCAAUGGAGUUGCAGACCUGUCUAUGAAUGUUAGAAAGUUAGCUGUAGAAUUACUUGGGUCUAUGAAAUUGGUGAGCCCGAAAUUCUUAUGUCAAACUUUAGAUAAAAAACUCAUGUCUAACAUGAGAAGAAAACGAACAGCUCAUGAAUUAGCUUGGGAAAAUGUAACUAGUGGGGAAUGGGCUAGUGGAAAAAAGUGGGCAGAUGAUGCACCCAAAGAAGUUUUAGAUGCUGACAGUAUUAGUCUUAUGAGCAGUGGAGCCUGUGGAGCUUUUGUACAUGGAUUAGAAGAUGAGUUUCUAGAAGUGAGAUCAGCAGCAGUUGAUUCAUUGUGUCAACUAUCAAUCAGUAAUCAUCACUUUGCAAACCUGGCUUUGGAUUUUUUGGUUGAUAUGUUCAAUGAUGAAAUAGAAGAUGUUAGACUAAAAGCUAUAGACAGUUUGAGACUAAUAUCAGAACAUAUCAUAUUAAGAGAUGAUCAAUUAGAAACAAUACUGGGAGCAAUAGAAGAUUUUUGUCAAGAGGUCAGAGAAAGCUUACAUAGAAUGCUGUCUUCAUGUAAAAUGUCAACUUCUGCAGGUCUUAAGAUGUGCAUCGAGAAACUAUUGGAUAAUUUGAAGAGAUAUCCACAAGAUAAAAGGUCUACAUAUAGGUGUCUCCAGAAAAUAGGAUCACAACAUCCUGAAUUGGUACUACCUUUAGUACCGCAAUUUUUAAAUAUCCAUCCAUUCUUUGACACUGCUGAACCAGAUGUUGAUAAUGCCCAAUAUAUCUGCCUUCUAAUUUUAAUUCUAAAUGCAGCACAGCAUUCUCUAACCAUAAUACAACUUCUUGAACCCCACACUCUUAGACAUUAUCUUUAUUUAAGGGACACUAUGACCCAGUAUGUCCCUAUUCUGAAUCUUCCAGACUCCAAUUUUAAUUCUGUAUCCAGACCGAUGUCAGUACCUGAAAGUUUAAAUUUCCUAAAUAAUGUCAUCAAUAAUCUUGAUUUGGCAGAAAGUAAUAUAAGAGUUCACGUUUCUUUACUCCAAACUGCUAAAGAGCACCUGAAUAGACUUAGUGAAAUGGAUUCUACAGUAGCUGGUACUGCACAAUUCACUGCCCUCUUCAUUUCUGCUCACCUAGAGAUACUUCAAAUAUUAGAGAAAGGAUUUUGGGCUAAUCCAAGCACUUUAGCGACCCAACAGUCAAAUAAUUUAAAGACCAGCAUCCAGAAUUUGCUUCAACUUUGUCUGAAAUUGCAGUUCUUUUUUGUUGGACUUGGAUCUGUUGAGCAGUGCGCAGUGAAACAGUUAAGGUUACAAGCUUUAGCUUUAAAUUUGGUUUAUAUAGUCAAAGGUAGUAAUGCAUCAGCCCUAGCACCCUGUCAUCAUUUUCUCACUGUAGUGGAAGACAUGCAAAAGGACCUAACUCAAGCUGGGCUACAACCUAAUCAUUUUACAGCUCUAGUCUUUUCUGAAUUAGCACAAUUAGAGGAACCAAAACCAGGCACUGUUUCUAGAAUUUUGAUUCCAAUUUUGUCUGAAGCUAAAAUGAGAAAAAUACCUGCACCGAAUAUAAAUAUAAGGAUGAGUACAGCUGCAAUUUUAGAACCAAGUAACAGAACAGACACUUCCUUAAAAUUCACAGCUGGAUUAAUAAUGUCAGUACCAUUUGAAGCUGAAUUAAAACAUUUGAUAGAUCCUGGUAGAGUAAGACUUAAAAUCAAAUAUCCUGAUCAGCGAAUGCAAAUUAUUUUGCCAAGACCGGCUCAUUUAAAACCUUUAUACUAUGACGCUGCAGAAAAAGAUAACGAAGUCGGUUCUAAUAUUAGAUUGUUAACAUCUGUGUUAAUUUCUCACCAAGUUUGGUCGGAAGCUUGUGACGUUGAAAUCAAUGUUGCUUUGGCUAUUCCUGAAGCAGAUAUUGGAAAGAAGAAAAUAAUUGCUGAAUCCACACCGACGUUAUUAGAUUUAUGUAAACCUAUUAAAGUUAGUGUGGCCCCAAAACCUAUUAAAAAAACUUUGUAAUUUUUUUAAAAUUGUAAUAUUAAUUAAAGUGUACAUAUUAUUUUUAUAAUGGGUAAUAUAAUUUAAGAUUUA